UGCUGACUGGUGACACACUGUCAGUGGGUGUUUUCCUCUAAGCCUGGGCCAUGAAUUUGAGGGCGCUGGAGUCCUCAGUCCUCGCCUAGCCUGGCUCUGGCCAGUCUCCAGCAUUCCUGGGCAGCUUGGAGAGUAGCAUGCGUUCCAAAAGGUGUGACGAGCGCCUGGCUCUGAAAUUUCUACUGCGGCUUCACUUGUUCCUGGCAACGAGCACUCAAGGUCAUUCAGAACGACUGGUGACUGCCCUCUCUGGCAGCAACGUGAGCCUGCAAAUCCACAAUCUGCCUAAAAACUACCAACAACUCACCUGGUUUUACACUACUAACCAGAAGAUUGUAGAAUGGGAGUUCAACAAGACUAAUUACUUCAAUUUUAAAUUUAAGGACAGGGUCAUGCUUGACCAUCAAAGUUUUGCACUGUACAUCUAUAAGGUGCAGAAAGAGGACAGCAGCACCUACCUGGUGAGGGUGUUGAAGGAGGCUGGGGACGAGGAGGAAUGGAAGGUCACCCUGCAGGUGUUCGAUCCUGUACCCAAGCCUGCCAUAAAAAUCGAGAAUACACGAGAAGUGGACAAUAACUGUGAUCUGAAGCUGUCGUGUGCGGUUCCAGAGCAGUCUGUGCGCUACACCUGGUAUGGGGACUCAGGGCCCGUUUUAAAAGACCUUCAAAGUGCUGUGCUUGAAGUCACUGUUACACCGUCGAAUUACUCCAGGUUUUACACCUGCGAAAUCAGCAAUCCUGUGAGCAGCGAGAAUGACACCGUUUACUUCACAUUACCUUGUAAACUGGCUCGAUCGUCUGGAGUGUCCUGGACUGCAGCGCGGCUAAUGGUCCUGGUACUCAUCGUUGGCCCUAUGUUGACCUGAAAUGAGCUCUUCUAACUCAAGAGUGAAACUUGACGACAGGAUCUUGCCUUCAUCAGUAAUUAUACUCUAAGCCAGGGCAGUAGCUCUGGCUACAGGGGAUGCGGGAGUGCGUUUUGAGGCAUUUACAAGGAUUUUCUAAUGAACUUUCUAAAAACCAUGCUUAAGAUUUUAUUUUACAUCCCUUAGUUGUUUUCCAACUAUAACAAGUAUAUAGAUACACAUACUUCCCACCAGAAAAAUAUGACAUCAUAAAAUGCUUUCUUGUUUAAAUAAAUAUUUGGAAUUAGUGUCUAAGUGGAUCCCUGAAGCCGCCCCACAUCUGUUGGACAAAUGCCGACGGCACUAGCCUGGACACACCAGAACAUGGAGACACACAUGAGAAGAGCCUGGAACCAGCGGCUCCCGAGCGGCUCCCCUUUCAUCUUGCUGGGGCCAAGCAACUAUUUUUAGCCAAUAGAAAAUGGGUGGAAUUGAGGUGACAGGAAGUCAGGGAUCCUGAGAAGUGGAACCACAUAACGUAAGGAGCCUGGGUCCAAGCCGUUGCUUGGAAGGCAUCUGCCUGAUCUACAUUGGUCUUACAUAAUAAGAAAGUUUGGGUUUUGUUUGGUACCACAGGACAGCCUGGACCCCCGAAGACACCCACCGCCUCCUUCGGCCCCAUCUGCAGCCCCAUUCCAGCGUCCCCUCUGAUCAGCUUGCAUCCUGCAGUUGGCCUGUCUGAGUCUUCUUUGUGUAUGCACGUCUUUCCAUUUUUCCCUCACUUUUUCUUGGCAGAGGGGUUUUCUUGGCACAGACACACCAACACACACACAGAAGAAUGGAAUAAAAAGGCAUUUCUGGGGAAAGCAGUAAGAAGAAAGAAAUGUCACUUUAUAACACGAAUAAGCCUAUUCCUUGGUUGCUAAGGAGCAGACACACCUCUCCAGGCUUCGUGUUACUAUUGGUUCUAGCUGGGAACCUGAAACAAAUCCCACCUUAAAAUCCCUGGUUUCUGGGACCAGCUGUUGCCUGCCUCUCCCAUCCCUCGAGGCAGUGCCAGACACAUAACCUGUGGGGCUCAGCGCAAAAUGAAAAUGUGUAUGUCAACUAAACGUCAGUAAAAAAUAAAUAAAAUAAAUGUGUUCAAAAAGGAGGUAAAAUGCCAUUAAAUGUUCUAAAAUAUGAAACCUUUUCCUUCUGCAGCCUUUCUUUAUUAGGGAUGUUUUAAAAAUGUUUAAUUUUAUUACUAUUUAAAGUUCUAAGUGAAGAAAAAUAAAAAAUUUUCAUUACUAUGAA